AUGUCGGAAUCUGUUUUAGGCUCUUCAGCUCGUCAACGCUUAGAAUCAUUUCUUUUACUUUCCAAGUCUGCCAAGGGCAGCGCAUGUGUACAACUCAUCAAAGAUGCUUUAGGAGCUCCAGGUGUUUAUGUAUUUGCAGAACUGUUAGACAUGCCAAAUAUUGCAAAGGAUUCUAGGCAAUUGGAUUUCACAAUAAAUUUAACAGACUUUUCCUGUCUAUGUUUAAUAGCUUCGAAACAAUGA